GACUGCCCCGUGCAUGGACGAGGGUCCUCAGACUGGCACCGAUGCCCAAAGUGCCAAUUGAGGAAAUUAUACAGGCGGCUGAAGCAGGAAAUCUUGAGCAUUUUGCUCAACUCUUCAACAGUGACAACACAAGAUUGAAUGUGAAGGAUGGCAAAGGACGAACGGCGGCUCAUCAAGCAGCAGCAAGGAAUAGAGUGAACAUUUUGCAAUUUAUACGUGACCAACAAGGAGAUCUCAACACACAAGACGCUCUUGGCAAUACACCUCUUCACAUUGCUGUGGAAUACGAUGCUCUGGAUGCUCUUGAUUUCCUUCUCUCAGUACCCGUGAAUACCACAACUCUCAAUGAUAAGAAGCAAGCUCCAGUGCAUCUGGCUACAGAGCUCAAUAAGGUGGAGGCUCUGCAGGUGAUGGGAAAACACCGCAAUGCCAUAGAUAUUCAGCAAGGUGGUGAACACGGUAGAACGGCCCUGCAUUUGGCAGCGAUUUAUGAUCACGAAGAGUGCGCCAGGAUUUUGAUCACUGAAUUCAAGGCUUGUCCCCGAAGGCCUUGCAACAACGGUUAUUAUCCUAUUCACGAGGCGGCCAAGAACGCCAGCUCGAAGACAAUGGAGGUCUUCCUGCAGUGGGGAGAGUCUCGAGGAUCGUCACGCGAAGAAAUGAUUUCCUUCUACGAUUCCGAAGGCAACGUCCCACUCCACUCUGCUGUCCAUGGAGGUGAUAUAAAAGCAGUUGAGCUCUGUCUCAAGUCUGGCGCAAAGAUCUCCACGCAGCAGCACGAUCUGUCCACUCCAGUCCAUCUGGCGUGCGCCCAAGGCGCCCUGGACAUCGUCAAACUGAUGUUCACUCUGCAGCCCAAUGAGAAGAAGACCAGUCUCACGUGCACGGAUGUGCAGAAGAUGACUCCUCUUCACUGUGCCUCGAUGUUCGAUCAUCCGGACAUUGUGGAGUAUCUCGUGGCGAGUGGAGCGGAUAUCAAUACGUUGGAUAAAGAGCAUCGCUCACCACUCUUGCUGGCUGCGUCCAGAGGAGGAUGGAGAACCGUGCACGCUCUCAUCCGCUUGGGAGCCAACAUCAGCCUGAAGGACUCGAACAACAGAAACGUCCUGCAUCUGGUCAUCAUGAACGGUGGUCGUCUGGAGGAGUUUGCUAUGGAGGUCUCAAAAGCACAGUCCCAGGCGCAUUUGCUUCAGUUGCUCAACGAGAAGGACGACACAGGAUGUUCUCCUCUGCACUAUGCCAGCCGUGAGGGUCACAUCAAGUCCCUGGAGAAUCUUAUUCGAUUGGGAGCGUGCAUCAAUUUGAAGAAUAACAACAACGAAAGUCCACUGCAUUUCGCUGCUCGCUAUGGGAGAUUUAACACAGUUCGACAGUUGUUAGACUCUGAGAAGGGCACUUUUAUCAUCAAUGAGAGCGAUGGAGAGGGUCUCACGCCACUGCACAUCGCCUCCCAACAGGGUCACACAAGAGUUGUGCAGUUGCUGCUCAACAGAGGAGCUCUGCUCCAUCGGGACCACAAUGGGAGAAAUCCUCUCCACUUGGCUGCGAUGUCUGGCUACACGCAGACCAUUGAGUUGCUGCACUCCGUCCACAGUCACCUCCUGGAUCAGGUGGACAAGGACGGCAACACAGCCUUGCAUCUGGCCACGAUGGAGAACAAGCCCAAUGCCAUCGCCCUGUUGCUGUCGAUGGAGUGCAAGCUGCUGUACAAUUACAUGGACAUGAGUGCCAUUGAUUAUGCUAUUUACUACAAAUAUCCCGAAGCGGCUCUCGCGAUGGUGACACACGAGGAGAGAGCCUCCGAGAUCAUGGCGCUGAAGUCCGACAAGCAUCCCUGUGUCACAUUGGCGCUCAUUGCGUCCAUGCCGAGGGUCUUCGAGGCUGUUCAGGACAAGUGCAUCACGAAGGCGAACUGCAAGAAGGAUUCCAAGAGUUUCUAUAUCAAAUACUGCUUUAGCACUCUCCAAUGUCCUAUGAUGUAUGCUCAAAUGGAUGAAAAGACAGGAAAUGCUGUGCAAAUUUCCAAACCCAUCCCAUUGCCAGCACUCAAUAUAAAAUAUUCCUUUUCGGCGUACCAAAAAUCCCAGAAGAAAAUCGAUGAAAUCCGUAUUCGUCUUAAUGAUCCCAAAUGGCGACCUCCGCCUCUCGAUGUUGUCAAUGCGAUGGUAACACACGGCCGCGUGGAGCUCUUGGCACAUCCACUGAGCCAGAAGUAUCUGCAAAUGAAGUGGAAUUCGUAUGGGAAAUACUUUCAUCUGGCAAAUCUACUCUUCUACUGCGUAUUCCUCUUCUUCGUCACGAUGUUCUCCUCACAGUUGAUGCACAAUCACGUGUCGGCCACAGCAGAUUCCAAUGUGACCACCGUCUCGGACAAUGUCACCGCCUUGCCGCCUCACCAGCAUCAUCAGCACUCAACUAUGAAGCUGGAGAUCACGACGGCGAUGAUGGUGUCUGGAAUGGCCAUCGUGGCCUACAUUGCCAUCAAUUCCCUGAGGGAGAUUGUCCAGGUGUACCAGCAAAAGUGGCAAUACUUGCUCGAGCCGAACAACUUGAUCUCCUGGACACUCCAUCUCUCCUCACUGACCAUGAUAUCCGCGCUCUUCUGCGGUGGUCACAUCUCCGAUGCUCACUACUCAGCCGCUUCCGUGACUGUCUUUCUCUCCUGGUUCAAUCUCUUGCUGUUCCUCCAGAGAUUCGAUCAGGUUGGGAUUUACGUAGUGAUGUUCCUGGAAAUUCUGCAAACUCUCAUCAAAGUGCUGAUGGUCUUCUCGAUCCUCAUUAUUGCUUUUGGACUAGCAUUCUACAUUCUUCUGUCUAAUUCUCUGUAUCUGCAAACCACUUACUCGUUCUCCUCGAUUCCGAUGUCCCUCAUGAGGACCUUUUCCAUGAUGCUCGGCGAGAUGGAUUUUGUCGGCACUUAUGUUCAGCCUUUCCAUCGCAAUGAGCUCCCUUAUCCGAUUCCCGCCUUUGUCAUCCUCUGCCUCUUCAUGGUUCUCAUGCCAAUCCUCCUGAUGAACCUUCUUAUCGGUUUGGCCGUUGGAGACAUCGAAUCUGUCCGCCGAAAUGCGCAGCUCAAGAGGCUGGCCAUGCAAGUGGUUCUGCACACUGAACUGGAGCAGAAAUUGCCGCAAAUGUGGCUGGAGAAGGUGGACAAGAUGGAGCUGAUUGAGUAUCCGAAUGAUACCAAAUGUAAGCUGGGCUUUCUGGAUUCCAUUCUUAGAAAAUGGUUCUACAAUCCCUUCAACGAAGACGCUGGACUGGAUAUGGUUCUGGACACCAAUCCUGAGGACUAUCUGGCAAUGGAGAUUGACAAGCAGAAGAGAAAGUUGAGAGAGAUUACGAGCUCUCUUGAGCAACAGCAUCAGCUUCUCAGAUUAAUUGUCCAGAAGAUGGAAAUCAAGACGGAGGCUGAUGAUGUUGAUGAGGGUGUUCCUCCCAAUGACUUGCGUCCUCUCUCAGCCACCCCUUUCAACAUUGUUAGCAACUCUCGCUGGACUUCUCCCAGGAUCCGCAAGAAGUUACGCACGGCUGUUAGUUUCAACAAGAAUUUGUAAUUCACGAGCUUCUGUGUGACCUUUUGUAAUGUCAAUCCCACUUAUAGUAUUGUUGCAAUGCUUUAUGUGAGAAAUAA